ACAGAGAUCAAUUAAUAAGCUCCUGAUGAUCAUUCACAGUGAUGGUUCAUCGUCUCUAAGAGUGUCACUUUCGAAAUCACCUCCAAAUUCCUCUGCAAAACAAAUUCAGAAGGGGGAAUUUUAAGAAGCUUUUUGCGUCUACCGUAAUGAAAAAUCACCCAGAUGCUUCUGUUCUACUGUAUGUAAUGUAAAGGCACUACCUAACAGGCGACCACAAGUACCCUUUCCUGUGUCCUCCAUCCCUGAUCCCCCACAUUUUUCUGUGAUAAAUUCAUUAAAGAAUUCUGCGUGCUUUGUUUGCUUUCAGAGUGUUGGGAUUUUCAACUUGAAAGGAAGGCUUCAACCAGUACUGCUUUAUAGCCGAUAGAGAAACGCUACUGACAAGAAAGGAAAGUUCCUUCUAUCUUAAAAGUCAUGCAAUAAAUCUGGGAGCCCUCUCUUGCCGGUGACAAUGGAUCUUGGCUUGGUUGCAUUUUUCGCCCUCUGCAUCAGUGUACAUUCUUAAAUGGGAGAUCUAGGGUUCAAGCCUUGCUUCUUCCUUGGGGGAACAAGGAGUGGGUGAAAGAUAUUGGAUUCCGUCUUGCUUUUGUUCCCCCAAGUCGUGCUAUUAGGUUUUGCUGAAAUGGCAUCCAACCUUAGCUCUGAAUUGUCAAAGAGAACAACUUUUUUUCAUCUUAAGGUGUGGGUACUGAUAGCUAUAUGUGCGGGCCUGUUUAUUGUAGUAGUUCUGUUAGUGGUGCCUUUCUGUCUAUCACGUAAAAAGUUCAGAAAGAACCAUGAAACACUUCCCACAAGCCACAUUCCUCCGGUUUCAAAGGAGAUUAGAGUUGACAAUUAUUCACAAAAUAACUAUAAUGACCAUUGUGACUCCUUUCAAGAUACUUUUAGAGACAAAGAUUCUGAUAAGCUUUUGGGCCAUUCUAAGAAGACUAAAAAGUUUGAUGAUAGCACCCAGUCUGGUACAUUUAAUAAUUUGGAGAAUAACAAUGGGCUUGAAUCAGGGGACAAGGGAAAUUCUACUGCAAUUCUUUGUACACCCAUUACUGGCCCAUCCUCUUUGUCUGAUUCGCCCAAGUUCUCUCAGCUUAGUUGGGGCCAUUGGUUUACUCUAAGGGAUCUAGAAGUUGCAACUAACAAGUUCUCUAAAGAAAAUAUUAUUGGGGAGGGUGGCUAUGGAAUUGUUUACCGGGGCCAACUUGUCAAUGGAACUCUUGUGGCCAUCAAAAAACUACUCAACAAUUUAGGACAAGCAGAGAGGGAAUUCAGAGUCGAAGUUGAAGCCAUUGGGCACGUUCGACAUAAACAUUUGGUUCGACUUUUGGGUUAUUGCAUUGAGGGUACCCAAAGGUUAUUGGUGUAUGAAUACAUAAACAAUGGCAAUUUAGAGCAAUGGCUUCAUGGGGCCAUGCGACAUCAUGGGUACCUCACAUGGGAAGCCCGCAUGAAGGUUCUUCUUGGUACUGCUAAAGCGCUUGCAUAUUUACAUGAAGCAAUUGAACCUAAAGUAGUCCAUCGAGACAUUAAGUCAAGCAAUAUACUUAUUGAUGACAAUUUUAAUGCUAAAAUUUCGGAUUUUGGUCUGGCCAAGAUGCUUGGCGCGGGAAAGAGUUAUAUUACAACCAGGGUAAUGGGUACAUUUGGAUAUGUUGCGCCUGAAUAUGCAAAUAGUGGUCUUCUAAAUGAGAAAAGUGAUGUUUAUAGCUUCGGGGUUUUGCUUCUGGAAGCAAUUACUGGAAGGGAUCCGGUGGAUUAUGGGCGCCCUGCUGAUGAGGUAAACCUUGUGGACUGGCUCAAAAUGAUGGUAGCCAGCAAACGCUCAGAAGAAGUUGUUGACCCCUUCAUUGAUACAAGGCCAUCUACAAGGGCUUUCAAGCGUGCUCUUUUGACUGCUUUAAGAUGUGUUGACCCAGAUGCUCAUAAAAGACCUACCAUGAGUCAAGUUGUGCGCAUGCUUGAAUCAGAGCAAUAUCCAAUACCACGAGAGGGCCGAAAACAGCAGAAAAAUCAGGCAGGUUCAGUGAGCUGAAUCUCAUGAAGGAAAGUUUGGCAGGGACCGGACCGGAGCUAGAGCCCAACUUUGAAGGAAGAAAGCAGGAGAGCAGCAUGUGUAUACAGCUAUACAUUACCUCCUUGUCUAAUUUACUUUUAAUUCCCUUUCUGAUUAUCUAUACCAAAAUCAUACAAGAGAAGUUUGGGUUAUACUAUUGACAAAUGGAACGGGUAUCAAGCAUUAUGAGGUAUACAUUGUUCUUUAUAUUAUUGUUAAGGCUUUCAUUUAUAUGUAGCUAUUAAGUUAGACCAUUAUAUUCAUUUAUUGUUGUUAA